AUGGAUAAAUGGAACCAAACUUCACAUGAUUUUAUUUUGUUAGGGCUGAUUCCUCCUAAUCACACUGGCCUACUUCUCUUGUUGCUUAUCAUGUUUGUAUUCUGCCUUGCUUUCAUGGGUAAUUCAGCCAUGAUUCACUUCAUACGUGUGGAUGUCCGGCUACAUAUGCCCAUGUACCUUCUCCUAAGCCAGCUGUCCCUCAUGGACCUGAUGUACAUCUCUACCACUGUCCCCAACAUGGUGGUCAAUUUCCUCUCUGGUCAGAAGAGCAUCUCCUUGCCGGGGUGUGGGGUGCAGAGUUUCUGCUUCCUGACCAUGGCAUGCUCUGAAGGGCUACUCCUGGCCUCCAUGGCUUAUGACCGAUUUGUAGCCAUCUGCCACCCCCUCCAUUAUGCCAUCCGCAUGAGCAAAAGUGUGUGUGCAAAGAUGAUUGCAGGAUCUUGGACAUUUGUCUCCAUCAAUUCCCUGGCACACACAGUCUACACCCUUCAUCUUCCCUACUGCAUCAAUCACUUCCCCAGGGCCAUCAAUCACUUCUUCUGUGAUGUCCCAGCCAUGCUGCCCCUGGCCUGUGUGGACACCUGGGUCUAUGAGUACAUGGUUUUUGUGAGCACCAGCCUGUUCCUCCUUCUCCCUUUCCUUGGCAUCACUGCUUCCUAUGGACGGGUCCUUUUUUCUGUCUUCCAUAUGCGCUCCAAAGAGGGAAGGAAAAAGGCCUUCACCACAUGCUCCACACAUUUAACAGUGGUGACCUUUUACUAUGCUCUUUUUGUUUACACCUAUUUUUGGCCCAGGAUUCUCCGUUCCCCAGCAGAAGACAAGAUCCUGGCAGUUUUCUAUACCAUCCUCACCCCUAUGCUGAACCCCAUUAUCUACAGCCUGAGGAACAAGGAGGUGCUGGGGGCCCUGGAGAGAGUGUUUGGGAUAUUGUCUUCCAAGAAGAAAUGA